AUGAGGAACCUGUACUCGAAAAAGUGGCAUGAGCACAAGAUAGGUCUCGCGAGGGUGCAACAGAAACUGGAGAGUGUGCCAUCGACCGAGGCAGCUACUUACUUCGACAGUACGAUACCAAUUCUGGAAAAAUUUCUCAGAGAUCCUCUCUACAAUGAUCGACGUGCUGCUGGUAGUACCUUGUCAACCAUGAACGAAAUUUUCGAACGUGAUGAAAAGGUAUUCCCCCUUUACAGUGACAUUUCGUUUCCACUAAAUCCAGCAUCAUCAGAUGGUGCACUCUCCGCAUUGACAAAGAAGAAGCGGCCAUCUUCUGCCACGUCGAAGGCAACGUACUCGUCGCUAUUCGUGAACGCUUCUCCACCACCAAAGGUGGACCCAUGGCAAGGCAACAAAUAUCUGGAGAGGGAAAAUACAAUUGUGCCAGCUUUGAGAGUCAAAUUGGAUCGCUCUGAUGCGAUCAAGGAAGAGAGCGAUCUCUCUAACAAUGACGACAUUCAGUCACUGGUGCCACCUAAAGAAAGAGUCGAAUACUCUAGAGCGGUAGAUUUGUUCGGACACCAAACGAUGAGGAACCUGUACUCGAAAAAGUGGCAUGAGCACAAGAUAGGUCUCGCGAGGGUGCAACAGAAACUGGAGAGUGUGCCAUCGACCGAGGCAGCUACGUACUUCGACAGUACGAUACCAAUUCUGGAAAAAUUUCUCAGAGAUCCUCUCUACAAUGUCUAUGCUACUGCACUGGAUCUUCUUAGCUUCGUAUGCACCAAAUUCGUGGUGGACCAUCACUUGCAAAAAAUGGCACCAAAAUUGGCGCGAACGAUUCAUACCAUCAUCGCCGCCAGAGCCAAUGACACUGAUCGACGUGCUGCUGGUAGUACCUUGUCAACCAUGAACGAAAUUUUCGAACGUGAUGAGAAGGUAUUCCCUUUACAGUCACAUUUCAUUUCCUCUUAG